AUAUUCCACAACCAUCCCCCUAUUCCCGCAUAACCCAAACCCAAAACUUUCUCGCGUCCUCAUAAGGCGGCGUAAGUAUUGGGUUACAAACAAUGUCAGAAACAGAACCGAUCCGAAGCAGAGCGCCUCAGCCAUUGCGCAAGCAGAGUUCGUGGUCCCCAGAUACUUUAAGAGAGGAGGCGUGGACUAAUCGGAAGAGGAAUUAUCGGAUGCGGCGUGGUAAACUCAGUGUUACAGACGAUGAUUUGGAAGAGCUCCGAGGGUGCUUUCAGUUGGGAUUUAACUUUGACUCGCCCGAUUUGGACCCGAAAUUGUCAUCUGCUUUUCCAGCGUUAGAGUUCUACCAUGCUGUGAAUCGGCAGUACAGUAAUAGCUUGUCCCGUUCUUCUUCGUCGUUUUCUGAUUGCGAUUCCGUGUCAUCUGUUGGGAGUCCUAGCUCUAUUAUAGAUCCAGAUGACGAUCCCGUGAUUGUGAAGACGAGAUUGAAGCAGUGGGCACAAAUUGUAGCUUGUUCGGUGCGCCAAUAUUUACCAAACUAAAUUGAGAUUCAUUUAGUUUGGGGAAAAGGAAAAAAAAAAUUAUAUCUUCAACCAAUUUGUAUAUCUAUAUUCCAGAAUUCAAUUAUUCUGGAUUAUUUUUUAAUUGUACUUUUAGAAUAUAUAACCUUUUUUGCUGCUGAUUUUCAGUGGAUGAUGACGUUUUUGCCCUGAUUAAUGGUAAUUAAAAUUGUUUUA